GCCAUGCAAGAAGGCACACGCUUUGCUUCGUCAGGAGAUGAUGUUAAAAUAUGGGAUUCCUCAUCUCUAACUGUGGUGGAGCAGUUCAACCCACAUAGCCCCUCACAUCCUGUCAGCUCAAUAUGUUGGGCCAGCAAUAAUAGAUACCUGGCCACUGCUUCUGCUGCUGGUGAUAAAAUAGUUAUUUCAAGCUGUAAAAGCAAACCUGUUCCACUCUGUGAAGUAGCUGAAGGAGCAAAACAAACAUGUGUGAGCUUGAAUUCUAGCUCUUCAUAUGCUGUGAGUGGAGGCCUUGAUAACACAGUUAAUAUCUGGGAUCUGAAAUCCAGAAAGCUUUACCGUAGCCUUAAGGAUCACAAAGAUGAAAUCACAUGUAUUACCUAUAAUAAGAAUGAUUGCUACAUUGCUUCAGGAUCUUUGAGUGGUGAAAUUAUCCUGCACAGUGUUACCACCAAUUUAUCAAGUACUCCCUUUGGCUAUGGCAGCUCUCAGCCUGUUCGACACUUGAAAUAUUCAUCCUUUAAGAAAUCCUUGCUGGGCAGUGUUUCUGACAGUGGCAAUGUAACUCUGUGGGAUGUAAAUAGCCAGAACCCAUACCAUAAUUUUGAAAAUACUCAUAAAGCACCAGCUUCAGAAAUCUGCUUUUCUCCAGUCAAUAAACUGCUGCUUGUUACUGUAGGUUUGGAUAAAAGAAUUAUUCUCUAUGACACUUCAAGUAAAAAGUUACUGACAACAAUAGUAGCUGAUUUUCCUCUGACAACAGUAGACUUCAUGCCUGAUGGUACUACUUUGACUAUAGGAUGUUCCCGGGGCAAAAUCUGCCAGUAUGACUUAAGACAGCUGACAUCACCAGUGAAAACAGUUCCUGCUCACAAAGGCUGUGUGAAGUGCAUAAGGGUUCAGUUCAGCAGCACUUUUUCCAAGUCUAACAUUACAGGUUCUUCAAAUAAACCUGUAUCCAAAAGAGUAGAAGUCAAAGCUGGUAAUAGUCCUGGAGGAAUUCCAACUACUGGCAUAAAAAAUGUUUCUUCUCAGGCAUCAGCAAUAUUGCCGAAUGAGAAUAAGGGAGGAGAGCUACUUCAGGAGAAAACAGGCCUUGCCCAUAGCUGCAGCUUGGAUGUGAUUCCCUCUAAAGAAACAGAUCAUGGGGAAGUUGCUGAUUUGAGUAAUUUUAGUUUAGGAGAUAUAUUUUCUCCAAUCAGAGAUGAUAUCAUUGCAGGCCAAGUGAAUGAAGAUUCUCCUCAAGCAAAAGGAGAGGGUCUGGAUUUUCAGUCCUAUGUUAUGGGUUUGGAUCUUCUCCCACAGCUCCCUGCUGGCUUUCCAGUAAAAAAACCACCAGUGGGCAGCAGUGCACAAGGGGUACGAUCCAGCCUAUUAUGUAGUGCACUUUUGGGAUCCCCAGUUAAAGAAGAGGAGCAACAUCCAGAGACUGACACUAAGAAGAUAAAUCUUGGAAAGCAAGAAUCUAAAGAAGCCUUAAAGCAGUUUUCAAAAUCAAACUCAUCAAGUGUGGAAUCUGUAAUUUUAAAUCAUCCACCAUUAUCUGCCUCUGUAAAGGUUCCUGAUACGAAUGAGAGGCUAAUGAAGAAUGCACAGGCCCAUCCUGCAUAUGACCUGCCAAUAAAUGGUAUUACCUCAAGUCCAAAGAUAACAACACCUGUCACUGCUGCAGUUGCCUGUUCAUUGUCAGAAAAAAUAGCAGAAAACAUUGGGAGCAGCAUACCAAAUGCACCUCUGACGUCAGUCCAAAUCAGCUUCAUUCAGAAUAUGAUACAGGAAACAAUGGAUGACUUCAGAGAAGCGUGCCAUCGGGAUAUUGUGAAUUUGCAAGUGGAGAUGAUCAAGCAGUUCCAUAUGCAGUUGAAUGAAAUGCAUGCUUUACUGGAAAGAUACUCUGUAAAUGAAAGCUUAGUGGCUGAGAUCGAGAGACUACGAGAAGAAAACAAAAGACUGAGGACUCACUUUUGAAAAGUUCCCACUGCUAUUUUUUUCUUACCCUGAACUCACUACAGGUGGUGUCUUGCUUAUGACAGCUCAUCCUUCCUCACUCAAGUAUUGUAUGAAGACCUGCUAUUAGUUUGGACAUGAAUCUUCUUCUA